CCUACUCUCUGCGGAACAGGAGACUUGAUGGAUGAAGGAAGCACUAGCACAGAUGAUGAUUAUCAAUUUUACAAGACGAGAUUUUCAACAAUAUUUGAUAUUUCAAAAUUUAAAUCAAAGAUAAUCUACUUACCUGGGGACAAUGAUAUUGGGGGUGAAGGAGUAGAUCAUGUUACUAGAAGUAAGAUUGAACGAUUCAAUACCAACUUCCCAAACCAAAUGGAAAAUAUAUCUGGAAACAUUCAAUUUGUUGUGGUGAAUAGAAUCAUUGGUGAUUUUAGUCUACCCUCUGUUUCAACUUUUGACGACAAGUUCAGAGUUGUUUUGAGUCACAUUCCUUUGACUUUCAUUCCUGGCAUCUUCUCCCGAGAAGUCAUGCUCCAAUUGAAACCUAAUGUGAUAUUCUCUGCCCACGAUCACCGAGUAGCUAUGGCAACUACCCGAAAGAACGACAGCCACUAUUUCCAAGUUGGCAGCUUCGUCGACGAUUCCACCGUAAUCAAGAAACAAAUCAACGAUCAAGACUGUACUGAAGUGAUUUGGCCAACUUGCUCAUACAGAAUGGGUGUAGUUAAGUCAGGCUACGGAUUCGCCACCAUCGGAAAUGAUGGGCAGAUGGAGGUGGGAGUCCUAUGGAUCCAUUCUCGCUUUUGGACACUAUACCUCUACUUAUUGGUUAUCGCUACGUGCCUUGUGCUCUCUGUUUUCUCCAAAUGUUUUAAAAGUUUUCUUUAAAUUUUGACAGGCCUCCGUCCAAUCCUUGUUGAUCUCGUUACACAAGUAAUUUGCUGGUAGGACUUGGAUAUUUUGAAAUGAUAGCAAACUAAUUUGGACAUUGUUUAAUAAUAAAGUUUCUUUUAAGAAUAA